GAAACUUUUGUCUGUAAAUUCAGAUCUCUGCCAUCAUCCAGCAUUUUUAUGUUACCCAACAGGAUCAUUUCCUUACUCCUGAGCACAGAUCUGACCUGUGCAUCAAACCCAGAACUUAAUUCUGUUUCUGGGUUCCUCCUUAUCUUGCUGCAUCUGUAGGUGCAGAGGGUUAUUAAGUUAUGUCAGCUGUGAGCUUUAAUUCAGAGUGAUCAGGCAGUCUGGUCACCUUGCACAUGGUGGUUGUUCCUUAACCACAAAAAAUUGCUCCUGAAGUUUCUUGCUCAGGCGCAGUGUCCUUUGGAGUUUGGAAAGUGGAGCUUCACUGUCUGAUUUGCAGAAGCUGCAGAUUUAACUUUGAUGGGGUUUGUGAGGCUGAAGAUCCAAAUCUUGAAAGAGCUGUUCUGCUGCUGGUUUGUGUGGUGCAGAGGUCUUGCUGCUAAGUCUCGUAUGAAAGGAGAAAAGAUCUUGGUGGAAAAGAUUUAUAAACUGUAGAAAAACAAGUUUGCUUAUCCUGUCAGAUUUUCUUGCAGUACUGAAAGGAGAUGAGGUAAAUGCCAGAAUCAGAUCUGUUACUUUUAUACCCUCAGACAAAAUCCUGUGUCUGUGCUUGGUAAUGUGUUAUCUGCACAUCAAGAGAAAAUGACAGGCUUUUUUCACCUUGGUAGUCUGUCUUUCAAAUCAAAUGCAGGAAACAGUGAGUUGCAUCUUAUUUCAUAGCCACUCCUCACCUUUCAGUGCAACUACCAGUAUGCUGACUCUGAAAAUAAAAAUAAACUUGAAAAUUUAUAGUAUUGCACUUUGUGAGCUGCUGCAGCAGAGAGCACCUUUGCUUGACCCGUAGAGAGAGUAGAACUUUUUUUCCCUCAAAUGUCCAUAAUAUAAAAUUAAAUUUAAAUCUCAUUGACAAAAGCCUGUAGCAUUAUGAGGAGUGUGGUUCUGGCUCUACACAAGUAAGCUCCACCAAAUUUUCCCACUGCUGCCAUCCCUUGGCCUUGGAAAAAAGGUAUUUUCUCCAUUACUGCUGGUAUGAAAUACCCAGAGGCUUUGUAAGAAGCAGCAAGUGGUGUCUUCGUGUCCAAUCCUGCAACUGCACAAACACUUGGCAAUAAUUUAAAUGUUUCCAUUGCUCCUGAGGUAUCUGUGGUGUGACAUCUAAGUGUGAAAUUGUCAACUGCUGUCAUAAAAUUUGGAAUAAAAAUAAAGUGAUGCAGCAUGGAAGUCAUGAAGCCCAAGUUGCCUGACACCUUGAUGGAACACAUCCCUGGGAGGUGCUGAGAUAAUCAGCUCAUCUGAUGUGCUUUACUUUUCAGUCAGAGGUGUAAGAUAUCCCUGCAUGACAUCCUCAUCUAACACAGCUUCCUCAGAGCUUUGGAAUCUGCUGUGAGCAUGCUUGGGUUUUUUUUCAGCUUUGUCAUCAAUUAACAAUUAGCAGAAUUUUGUGUGAGGAAGUUCUUUUUUUUUUUUUUUUUUGAGUUCCAUUAGCCACUCGUGUCCUAAAACAGCCAGAGGGGGUUAAGUGUAUAACCUAGGUUUCAUCAGAGGUAUUUCCUUAUUGAUUUCUUUUCUCUUGCAACCAAGCAGAAGCAACAAAAGUAUUGUUGAGAAAUAGCUCUUAUUAAACCUCACAGAUGGCUUUGUAGUUCAGGAUUUUUUAACACAUUUUAGCUUUCAAAAAGGCAUGGAAAUGGAUUGGCAGGAGCACUGGAACUAAGCUAAAUUCUUGGCAGAGUAUAAAGUUGUUGCAGUAGUGGUUAUCAAGGAAGCAGGAAGACACAGGAAUAUUUCAUGUAUAAACUUAGACGUGGCAUCUCUUGAUUUGCUGCUGAAUAAGGAAAACAGAGGUGGGUGGGAGUGAGUUUAUUCUUGCAAUUACAAAACUUGUGGUCUUUAAUCAGCCCCUUGACCAAAGAUGACACACAGUGGUUCAGUGAGGUUUUAAUGAAACUGACUUUUGCAAACUCCCUGGUGUAUUUUGGGGUACUUAGAAUCUGGCAAUGCUUAGAAGAGUCUUGGGGUCCUUGUGCUUUAACAAUUCCUGUCUUGAUUCCAGCUCCAAUCCCAGUACAUUCCCCUCAGAGAAGCACUAGGAAUCAUGCCUUGCUGGAGGCUGCAGGACCAAGCCAUGUGGCCAUCAAUGCCAUCUCUGCCAACAUGGACUCCUUCUCCAGCAGCCGCACAGCUGCCCUCAAGAAGCAGCCAAGUCACAUGGAAGCUGCUCACUUUGGAGACUUGGGCAGAUCAUGUCUGAACUACCAGGCUCAAGAGACCAAAUCAAGCCUUUCCAAGACUCUUGAACAAGUCCUGCAGGACAGUGUAGCCCUCCCUUACUUCAUCCAGUUCAUGGAGCUGCGCAGGAUGGAGCACUUGGUGAAAUUCUGGUUAGAGGCCGAGAGCUUCCACUCUACCACCUGGUCUCGCAUCCGCGCGCACAGCCUGAACACAGUGAAGCAGAGCUCCCUGGCAGAGCCAGUGUCCCCCUCCAAACAGCAGGAAUUGGCCUCCUCUCCUCCUGCUGGGUGGCUGGAGGAGAGGCUGGAGGGCUCUGGCACAGCCCAGCUGCUCCGGCCUGAGCCCGACAGAACUGCCAGCUGCCAGAACAACGUGGGGCUGCUGGGGCAGGAGAGCCACAGCACCAGUGCUCUGGCUCUGAGGAAACCAGAGACAGGGACUCACUCUCUUCCAGCUGAUCAGCAAGGAUCUUCCAAGCUUUCAGUAUCAAAUAGAAACAGCCCCUCCUCUGCACUAAAGGACUUGUCAGGAAAACUCAUGAAAAGUAUAGAACGGGAUGCAGUUAGUACUUUUACCAAAUAUAUUUCUCCAGAUGCUGCUAAACCAAUCCCUAUUACAGAAGCAAUGAGAAAUGACAUAGUUGCAAAGAUCUGUGGGGAGGAUGGCCAAGUGGAUCCAAACUGCUUUGUUACUGCACAGUCCAUAGUGUUCAGUGCAAUGGAACAAGAGCACUUUAGUGAGUUUCUGCGAAGUCACCAUUUCUGUAAAUACCAGAUCGAGGUGCUGACCAGUGGGACUGUGUAUCUGGCUGACAUUCUGUUCUGUGAGUCAGCCCUGUUCUACUUCUCUGAGUACAUGGAGAAGGAAGAUGCAGUUAAUGUAUUGCAGUUCUGGUUGGCAGCAGAUAAUUUCCAAUCUCAGCUUGCUGCCAAAAAAGGCCAGUACGAUGGGCAAGAAGCACAGAACGAUGCCAUGAUUUUGUAUGACAAGUACUUCUCCCUGCAGGCCACACAUCCUCUGGGGUUUGAUGACUCUGUGAGGCUGGAGAUUGAAUCCAACAUCUGCAGGGAGGGGGGGCCUCUCCCCAGCUGCUUCACCACUCCCUUAAGGCAGGCGUGGACAACCAUGGAGACGGUUUUCCUACCUGGUUUCUUGUCCAGCAACCUUUACUACAAAUACUUGAAUGACCUCAUCCAUUCAGUACGAGGAGAUGAAUUCCCAGGAGGGAACAUUGCACUGAGUAUUCAUGGCCCUGGCAGCUCUCCUGACAGUGAUUCCAUAGGGAGCAUGGAUGGCUCUGCCUCCCAGUCCAAUGUCAAAAAGGCUAAUGUUAAAAUCCUGAAAAAUUUUGAUGAAGCAAUAAUUGUAGAUGCUGCAAGUCUGGAUCCAGAGUCUUUGUAUCAACGAACAUAUGCAGGGAAGAUGACAUUUGGAAGAGUCAGUGACCUGGGGCAGUUCAUCAGAGAAUCUGAACCAGAGCCUGAUGUCAAAAAAUCAAAAGGGUCCAUGUUUUCACAAGCAAUGAAGAAAUGGGUUCAAGGAAAUACAGAUGAGGCUCAAGAAGAGAUGGCUUGGAGGAUAGCAAAGAUGAUUGUCAACGACGUCAUGCAGCAGGCGCAGUGUGAGCAGCCUUUGGAGAAGGUCACCAAGCUAUGAUUUUAGAAACUCCAGGACAGAAAAUCUGGUUUCCCACUUUGAGAAUGAGUGAACUUUCUCUAUUGGUGGAUUCUUUAACACAGCCAAUAAAAACAAAGCACUGUUACUCCAACCACUGGAAUCUCCCUCAUUUCUAAGGAAGAAUGAAAAAGAAGCAAUCCUGGACCUCCACUGCAGAGAGUGAAGAAACACUUUUCCCUGGAGCAUGUGGCAUUCACAGUAACGAUGGUUCUGAAAUGAAGAUGCAGUUUACAAGAAACUGUGAUCAACUUCACAAGUACUUGACCUGUCUCAAAAAAAGAUUUCUAAGCAAAAUAUCUGGAAUGGGACACAGAGGCCACAACAAAGGGGAAGGUUGUGGUAUAGUUUCUAGUUCUACUGCUUGUAGUUUUUAAACACAGAAUUGGAAGGGCUGUGAGGCAAAUCCAUUGGCAGUGAAUGACCUGGAAAGUUCUAAGUUUCAUUUUCCAUUACUUGAAAUAGAUGAGUAUUCACCUGUAAGAUAAAUGUAUUUUACUUCAUAACUGCAUUAACUUUAAAGGCAGUGUAGAAGGGUCAGGAACUCCUCCUUGUUGAGCUCCUACACCUGCACACACACACCCACACACCUCUCCUGCUUCUACCACAGAGCAGAUCCAAGGCUGGUCCUGCAGCCCCUCUGCUCCCACCUUCUGAGCAGGUUGGACCCUGCAGGCUGCUCCACUUCCUGUCCUCACCAUCCCACGAGCAAUGAAAAAAGGAAUUGCUGCCAUUCUCCAUCGCUUGUUGUCCUCCACCCAGCGUAGUAUCUAAUUCCAGAUGUUUGGUUUACAAAGAAAAACAAUUUUUAAUGCCCUCUGGCCUUCUUCCUGACACUGUCAACACUUACCAUGUUACACAGCACCUCUCUUUUUUUUCCCCAGCAAAUUGAUUUUGCAGGGUAGCAGAAGUACUCAGUGUCUCACCAUUAUGUUACUGCUGCAUUUUUAGUAUAUGACACUUUUAUUUGGGGUCUUUUUUUCUUUUUUUACUCUAAUGAUUGCUUUUUUCCUCAAACUUGUGCAAAGAAAUCACUAUGUGAAGAACUCAAAUCAUUUCCAAUGUUCAGAAUAUCUUGAUUGACUAGAAAGUGUCAUUCUGUUGCAAUAUUUGAUUGUAUAGAGACACACUGUAUUGUUAUGAAAAAGCAAAAAGGCUGUGUAUAGGUUUUUGGUACUAUGUACCACCUCUUAUUUCUCUCAUACCCAAGCAUUCAUGUACUUAAAACAUACUAUAUUUAAUUGUGUUUUGAUUUAAAAUAUAUAAGUAUUAAAAUUUGUGUUGA